CUUUCCAGGAAGUCAGAAAGCCGAAAUUAGUUGCAUCAUCAGAGGCAUGUUUUUCAUCAAUGGAAGGGAACCCGAAAGGUGAUCCAAACAAGGAGGAAAGCGACGACACCCCGCAUCUGUAGAACAAGUGUGGUUUCUCUGACCCUCGACCAACAGCRCAACGAGUUCUUCUUGUUCUGGCUACCAAGCUUUUUCACACGAUACAAUACUUCGAGUACUUCGUACAGUACACCUUAUCGUACGGAACAACAAAAAGGGAGUUAUCGCAGCAGCUGCUCCCAUUCCAGUCCAGAUAAUCAUUCUCGUAGUCAUCAUUCACCACCGAAGAGGCGUCGUCGCUGUGAAACCAAGACCUUAAUUUCUCUUYAUACGGGAAUACCUAACUCACCACGAGUCACAACACAAAGCCAAAAAUUGAUUGAAAUGGUCAGAGAUCUGUGAAGUGAAUCAGUAUUAUUUGUAGAAGAGAGAUAAUAUCAAUACCAAACAACRAUGGUUCUCUGUCGGAAAGCAGCGCUGGCGAUACUGCUAGCAAGCAGCUCAACGCCGUCCKCCUUGUCGUUUCAAGGCAACUCUCACACAAUCACCAGAAACCAAAAARUACAAUCACAAAAUAGUGUCGUGAGGAAUAGACGAAGGCCCGCGGCUGCGGUGAAGAGCCUUUCGACGUUCACGCCGUCGAAGUCCUCGCUCACAUCCAUGGCCGCCGAUGCAUCUUCGUCGUUUAACAACGACACGGAAGGAAACAUUGGAGACGCMUUGUCGAGUGUCACAAAUGCAGCGGUAGAUUCCAUUGCGAAUGUAGUGAAGGACGAACCAGACACGGACGCUCAAGAGAUUGCACGAAAACAGGAAAUGGUACAGAAGCGACAAACCGAAAAGUCAUACAAGGUUUCCCUACCUCUGGCAGAUUCCUCUGGAUCGAAGUUGGGAAUCCGAYUGUGCCAGAUCUCGAACGGUCUCGAGCUCGRUUCUCUAUUGGAACUAAAUAUGGACACUCUGAAUGUCCAAGAACGUGAAGAGUUGUCGGGCAUUACUUCGGGAGAACAAGCCGAAAAUAGCGAUAGCAUCAGCAACGAUUUAGUGAUGGACACAGCCAUCUUACGGCGGCGGAUYGAUGGGGAGUUUCAGGGCUUAGUAGUAUCCUCUGUCACCGAGAACAGUGCCGGCUGGGCAGCGGGUGUCCGACCUGGCGACGUACUCAAAACAACAUCGGCAACCCUCGGGAACCAAAUGUGGCCGAAGAGCACGCUGGAGGGAGUGAAGUCGGCAAUAACCUCUCGCAAAGCAGUCGCGGAAUCGAUGGAGUUCGAGUUUCAACGGCUCGUAGAAACAGAAGACAAUCGAUUCGAACUAACGUUGACGCGACCAAUUGGUUUCAACCUCAAAGGUAAGUAGUCAAAAUACGAAGUAGCAGUUKAGGUCUAGGAAAGACGAGUUCAAUUGGAUCUAUCUGUGUGGAAAGGUCCAGCAUUAAUACAUUGCAGCSAGCGAUUACAAACRUGGCUCGAGUAACCAUCGAAUUUCGUAGCUUACUAGAUUUUCUCAUUCUUCUCCUGAYGCGACAUCCCUUCUAGAAACGGAAGACGGGUACGUAGAAAUCAUAGGCUUCACACCGAAAGCCUCGAAGCUUGCCCGCAAAGCCGUUCGGGUAGGUGAUCGAAUUUUAGCAGUUGAUUCCUCUUUGGGAGAUCGCAUGUGGCCCGUAUCCACCACUGAAGGUUUGAUUUCUGCUGUAACRGCACGUCUUCCCGGACAGAAAAUUACGUUUCGUUUUGAACGAAGGUCAACGGCAACAGAGGAUAACGCAAUAAUAGAAAAUGACACAGCAGAAAGCUCURGACCUACAUCGACGUCUUCAACAGAAGACACCUUUUUUUCUCCUGUGACAACAUCCAAAUCUGUAUCGCCAACUGAAGCCGUUGAUUCCGCUUYAUCUGGAUUCGACGAGAAGUUAUUACUGCGAUGUCAAGAAAUUCUAAAACGGUACAAAAACGACGAAAAAUAUGUCAACAAAUUCUCUUUGCCCGGYAUUGUUGCGGACAAGGUAGUGAAUGCACUUGCGAGUGCAGGAACGAAGGUUGACGGCGGCACACUCUCGAUGAUUUUGACAGCUUAUCUCACCUGUCGGCAACCGGAUAUGGCGAUUCGCGUCUUUGAGGCGGUUGUGGGUCUUCGAGCCGACGGAAUCGAGGGCGAAAUCGAGUCUGUCGAGACACUUAGUGACAUGGACAUCGAAAGCGAUCCUUUGCUCGGAAGAAACGGAAAGCAGAUCGCUCCGAAUGCCGAUGCACUUGAUGCCUACACUGCCGGUGCCAUCAUGAAAGCACAUGCCAUGAAUGGUGACUUGGUUUCAAUGCAGCGUGUCCUUUCGGUSUUGGAAGGGCACGGAGGGAUGAAGGUCGGGGACGUUGAAUUUGCAUCGUGGCCUGGCACCGGAGCAGRAGGCAUUCUGAAACCCGACAGUCAGUGCUACAACAUUGCGAUCACGGCAGCGGCGAAUUCCGAUGCCGAGGAGGGCCUCGAGUUGGCAAUGAUUAUGUUCAACAGGUUGGGUAAUCCCGGGAAAAACCAACGGUUAGUUAAGGACGUUGUUUCUUACAAUGCCAUUAUCAAWGCCAUGACAAAGUUCGGAAAAUUUGAUGAAGCCAUAGAGACAUUUUAUCAAAUGAAGAAAACCGGAAUCAAACCCGACAAAUACACGUACACUGCCUUGGCUAAGUCCGUCAUGGUGGACGACAACGACGUUGAAGAACUUYUGUACGACAUGAGAGAAGCAGGUGUAGACGCCGAUGURAUGACCUUUAACACGAUCAUCCGAUAUCUGUGUGAACAAAAGAAGAUGUCGGCGGCUAGAAAGGUGGUCAACUUYAUGGAAUCGUCGGGAGUCCCUCCUGAUUCGUGGACAUAUAGUUUCUUAAUGAAAGGCUUGCUCGAUGGUGGAAAUCCCAGUGCAGCUCUCACUCUAUUUGAAUCAGCCUGUGCCGAUCGACGCACUGUCGGUCUGACUGAGAAUGUCUUUCUGUACACAUCAGCCAUGACGGCCGCGGCUUCGAUCGGAGAUCACACCCGAGCUCUAGAACUUCUCACCAGAAUGAAUUCCCUUGGAAUCAAGCCGAACAUCAAAACAAUGACAGCCUUGUUGAGUGCUUGCAUUUCAGCCAAUGAACCAGAUCUUGCAAUUGAUAUCUUUCAUCGUAUCCCCAACCCAGAUUCUUACGCCGUAACAAAAGGGCUACUAGCUCUAUCGUUAGGUGGAAGGGGAGACGAGGCGUUGGCUAUGUUAUCCGAAAAAGAAUCAGUUGCCGGAAGCAUCAAAGGGAAACCUUUGAACAAAAUAUACGAAUCGUUACUCAUCAAUUCGAUAAAAGCCAACGACUACGAGUUAGCACGGCGGGUUGUGAAGAGUCUCAUCGGGAAAGGAAACAUCCCCUCGAAAGCAAUCUUUCAAAAGAUUUUCGAAAGCAUGAGCUUAACGCUUAAGGAUGGACUUGUCGCAAAUAUAUCSUACUCAAAAAGCGGACUUGUAACACGCCAAUCGAAUGAUGAACAAGAUGCCGAAAAAUACAAGUUCUUGCUAUUUCUCGUGGACUCGCUAUCAGACCGAAACCUUCCUUGUGAAGCUUCGCUUUACUCUACUAUUCUGCAGUUCGGCAACCACAUCGGUGGAUUGGCAAGAAAAGUCUCUGCCCAUCUGGUAUCCGCGAAAGCUGCGUCAGGCGUAUAUGGCAAUAACAAUGUGAAGCUAAUAGACGAAGUUCGCGCUUGUGAGACAAACUGCAUGAUCGGAGGUUGGGAAGAUCUGUACCUGAAUUUUGAAGAACUUCGGAAUCAAAUAGAUAGCCCGCUAUCGCUGCCAAAGCUAAACGUACGAGUAGCGAGCCGAGAAUUGUCGAGGGUAUUGCGAGCCGAGAAGAACCUAUCCUACAGAAAGCGCAGCUUAGUGUGACGCAAGUUAAUUUAAUGAAUCGCAUCAUUGAUUCCCAGCUAUUCUGGUGGCUYGUCGGAAGUCACCCAAUAACUCCCACACGCAUAC